CCCUACUACGAUUCUACUGAUAAUCCAUACACAAGGUGGUUACAGACAAACGACCCACUACAGUAUCAAAUGAUGAAUUCCAGACCAAUUAGCAGUCCGCAAGAUGAGGACAGUUCUAAACAUGAUAGUUUGAGUCACCCCACCUCCCCAGAUGGAAGAACAGAAGGUACACCAAACGGCGAACAAACAAAAAAGAGUCGAAAAAGACGCGUGUUAUUCUCAAAAGCUCAGACAUAUGAACUUGAACGACGAUUUCGACAGCAGAGAUAUUUGUCUGCCCCUGAACGAGAACAUUUAGCUAGUAUUAUCAGACUGACGCCUGUACAAGUCAAAAUCUGGUUCCAAAAUCAUAGAUAUAAAUUAAAACGUGCGCGACAAGAAAAGGGUUUGACAGAUUUGAAUCCUUUACCUUCUCCCAGAAGAGUUGCUGUCCCUGUUCUAGUGAAAGAUGGUAUCCCAUGU